AUGGCGGAAACAAUCCACGACAAGGACGGCAAGCCGAUCCAAGAAGGCGACGAGGUGUUUACCCCCAUCCGAGGCGGCAAGCAUCAAGGGGAAGUGGAAAAGAUUGUGACGACGGAGGAAGAAGCAAAAGCGGAGGGUGUCAAGAAUCCACCAAAGGUACUGUCUGUCUCUUCCACAGGAAGCGCAUCUUUUUCUCACGAGGCUUUUUUGUGA